AUGGAGAAGCGGAAAAAUACCGGUAGGAUACCGGUAAGAUGGAAAAAGGCGAUUGUGAAGUUCAUACCUAAACCGCAAAAAAAGGCGCUUAGGCCAAUAUCAUUGAUGAACUGCAUAGGUAAACUUCUAGAAAAAAUUGUGAACAAGAGAUUAAGGAUAUGGGCUGAGGAAGGGGGUAAUAUGGACCCCAACCAAUCCGGCUUCACAAGGGAAAGGUCGACGAUGGAUAACAUUAAUAUCUUAGUCAACUCGAUCAGGGAAAGUUGGGAAAAAGGAGAAACGGUCAUAUCCGCUUUUGUGGAUGUGAAGGCUGCAUACGAUAACGUGAGGCAUGAUAAGCUGGAGGAGAUCCUGGAAGGAAUGAGCUGCCCAGAAAGGGUUAGGAAUUACUUGAAGGCGUGGCUAAAAGGAAGAAUGGUUGAAGUUGCUAGCAUGGGCGGAGAAUGUAUACAGAUGAAACUUCUGAAGGGUUUGCCCCAGGGAUCCGUCCUGAGCCCUCUUCUGUAUAAUCUUUAUACGAGGGGAGCGGCCAAUGGACUCAGAGAGUUCGGGGUACGUAUUUUACAAUAUGCAGACGAUAUAGUUAUUUUCGUCGCUUUUAAGGACAAGAGAGAGGGAAGAAGGAUACUGGAGGAGGCUUUGAUGGGACUCAACAGGAACCUGGGGAGCCUGGGACUGAGAAUAGCGGCUGACAAAACCCAGGUGGUUACGUUCCCACAUAUGAAGAGAGGAGGAUGGAUUGGAAGAAUGGAAAUACGUAUAGGGGAUGAGAGGACUGAGGAGGUAGAAGCAGCCAAAUUUCUUGGCAUGUGGAUAGACAGGAGUUUAAGUUUUAGGAAACACACAGAGUAUGUGGCGAUAAAGACUAGGAAGAGAAUGAAUAUAUUGAAAUGUAUAGACGGGGUCAGGAAGGAAACGGGCCCUGAGACGAUGUUAAAGGUGUUCAAAGCUUUAAUCAGAUCUGUGAUAGAGUAUGGGGCGCAUUUAUACUUAAAUAAUAAUAAGAAUAAGCAAAGUGGCUAA